AUUUAUGUACUGCAAAUUUCCAACAUUGAUUGAAACUGAUUAAAAGUUUGGCAUGGGAUGUUAAAGAGAAUCUGUUAUAUCUAUUUGCAAAUCUACACUACACAGUCAGUGUGAGAAUCUGAGGUUACACAUACACACAGCAAAAUAAAAAGAAAAGGACAAAGAAUAUUUAAACGUAAUAUCUGAUAUGAAUCCAAGCCUUCUGCCUGAAUAUACACCUGAACAUACACUGAAUACAUAAUGGCAAGAGAAGUGGUAUGAUGACAGAGUUGCACUUGAGGUCCUCAUCUCAUGUUUGCAGUGCUGUGCACUGAUGCCUUACCUUCUGACAGCAGAUCCUCAGUCAUGAAGAUCACUGUGUGCCAAAGUUGCUUCUCUAUCCUGAUUCUCACCGUAAGUCACUUUUUCAUGCGUGCAAAACAGCAGGUUUGUAAGAAUGCACAGACCUCUCCACCUAGCAUGCUAAAUCACUCUCAUUAUAUGUAUUUAACAUACAAGUUUUCACACAGUUUUACUGAACUUCCUGCCUAUUCUUAGAAUUGUCAUACAUACUAAAUCUAACACUGCACUUGCUUCUGCCAAUCAAGGAAUUGUUGCAAGGGAUCUUUGCUGAUCUUUUGGUUUGCCCAUAUAUGAUCCUGUUGUUGGGGAACGCAAAUUGCUUCCCUUUGUGUAGGUGGCUCUUCAGCACCUUCCUACAAUGUUUACACAAGGGGUUUGUGUUUGGAACCAGACUUGUUUUGUCUUUGAAUAUUAACUAAAUUUUGUAAGUCUUUGGCUUCUAUUUUCAUUUUUUAUUAAUUUUUUUUAAAGGUCACAGCUGCCUAAUUACAGGAGAUGUGUAUGGAGAAUAGAGUUUCUCUGACCUUUACAGCUAAGCCAGUGAGGGACUCCUUGUCCUUUACCUUUUCUACAGCCACUUUCUCCUCUGCUGACACAACUCUGGUUUUCCGAUGUGUAAAUGUAUCCUGCCUUAAACAUAAACAUCCCAAAGGGAUCGCACACCUCAAGGUCCUGUCAGGGGGCAGAAGGCCUAUAGAGGCUGUGAUGCUGUGUCACUUGUUGGAUCUAGCUAUUACAUACAUUUUUCAGUAAUGAGAUUCUAUGGAACUCCAUUAAUUACAUAAAGUUUUAAACUGAGUUAUACAUAGCUACACCAGUGAAGGGGACCUGCUUAUUUUAACUACCAUUCUUCUAUCACCUUUAGAAGAUGAGACAAGAGUAUUGUUUCAUUUCGCUCCCUCUAGAACAUUUGGUAACUGGCCUCAAAUAAGCUAUUAGCACACACAAAAAUAUUGUCUUAAAAGGACAACUGACUUGAUACAAAGCAAUACUUGGAAAAUGUAGUAAUGAACACGUAAAAAAGAGAUACUAUGACUAUGGCUAAGUUAUGUGAGUCUAUUUUACAACGUGCAACAAGGUUGCUUGAAGGAUGUAACCAUCUUUUGGCAUAUUGGCAUCUUUUUUCUACCUAAAAACCAGCACCAUCUCUAAAUUUCUCUGUUCAGAACUUUAGAGCAUCACAAGAAACGGUAGAAGCAUUCUUCAGAGACGCAGCAUGAGAGCAUUUACCAGGCCAGGAGAAUUAGAUGUAGUUUUAAGUUCUGUGAGAGUUCAGGAUCUUCAGAUUCCUGAAUCAUGAUGCUCAUCUUGAGUCUAACUAGAUGGAUAGAUGCAAAGGAGUUGCCAGGUCACAGCCUGAACCAGUACACAAGUGAGUGAGUGCCUGGAGCAGGGGAGCCUUGAUCCAACCCUUCCUCUCCACUCCAUCUCAGCGGUGCUUCCGGGAGCACAUAUGCAGCCUGAGUCUGCCUGGGUUUCCCCCGCCCCUCCUCCUCCCGGCACCAGAGCUCGAACCGGAGAAGGCCGCAUUCCUCAGCUCACCCUGUCCUCCAAACUGUUGCUGGAAGGGGUGAAUUAAUUCCUCUUUCUUUGAUAUCUUGUCCUAUGGUGCCUGUAUCUCAAAUAAAGGUUCUGUCACCACCUUUGUUUGCUUUACAAUAGAACAUAUCUUUUUCAUUGUUCUGAGUGCUUACUGCCUAUCCUUUCACUGCUUUUGUUCACUGUUAUAAUAAAAGGUGUAUUUCAUAUCAGUGUUCAGUAAGAUUUGAUCUGAAGUUAAGCACGUAAAACGUUUUGAGAAAACAUUUUCUUGUUUCUACAUUAUAGCACUUGGGCAGAUCAAUACAAUGGGAAAAACAUUACAACAAAGGUGCAGUGAUGGAAGGACUAGCACAAUAGAGAGGUGCUAGAAAAGGAAGGGAAGAAGAUUGCUCACCCAUAUCAGAAGAUCCUAGCUUUGUAGGGGAAAGCUUCACCAAUAAGAGAUCUCCAGGAAGAGAUCCUUUGCGAGGGGCAGUCAGCCCUUAAAUGAGGUCAAAGAGAUGUGCAGCCAGGCUCUAACCCUUCCGGUUGCAGAGCUGAAUUGCCUUCACCUGUGCUCUCAGGGCUGACCCAGUCCUUUCCCCAGGUGCUCAAUCAGUGAUUCAGGCUGUGACUCAACAGUCACCAUACAUACAUUAACUAUAAUAUCAGUGCUUUUACAAAUUAAGUGAAUAGCUUAUAGUCAAAGUAGAAUCAAGAGAAAAUGCAUUUAAUUUGUUAGGAUGCUAUAGUUCAGAUGACUAUUUUAAAAUUGCUUUUAUAUAAUGUGACCUGAACCAUUAGCUUUACAUGAUGACUGUAUGUACUGAAAAGCAGGAUGUUUAAAUCCCGUUAGGCCAUGCACAUUCUAUGCAUGUUUCUUCCUCUAGCAGAUGGGAGAUAUUUAGUUACAUACUUCUAUAUUUGCCCCGCAAUAUAUACAGUUCUGUGUAUUGUACCACAGUUCAUUCUGUCAGUCACAGGAGUUUCUCAUAAGAUACAUGUGCUACCUGAAGCAUUACUUACAUGGAUUUGGAAAGUUAUGAAAAGUAUUCAAUUAGCAUUUGGGAUGCAAUUACUUUCAUAAACAAGUCAUUGUUUCUCCCAUGUGCACAUUAUCCUCUUACAAGAACCUUCUUUAGGUUGUUUUCAAGGCUUUAAGUUUUAAGUGGAUCCAAACAUGUGGUAACUUGUUCAGUCAUUUUGGAAAUGGAAGUUACAUAUUGCUGUGUUUUCUUUCCAAACCAGCUUCAUGGCUUGUGUAUCUGACAUUAACCUUGAAAUUUAUCCAGUAAUGGAAGUGAUACAAGUUACUGAUUUCAUAAUCUGCAAUCUGUACAACUCAGUGUGAUAGUACAAUAGGCAGCAUGUUAGUGUAAUCUUAGCGGCUAGCUUCAUACUAAAAGUCCUCCACCAAAUCCCAAAAGAAGCGUGUCCUGCAUUUUAGCACUACUUAAGAAUGCAGAAAAACAGCAUAAAAUAAAUGGUACCACUGUAUCUGAUGAAGCCAAGACCUUUUUUCCAUUCCAAAUAAUCGAAUUUGUAAAGGAUUUAGUACAUGAAGUACAGUGGCAACAUCCACCCUGUAUGUACGCUUUUACCAGAUAAGGCAAAAUCCACAUAUGACACUACUUUCCAGGUUAUUCCUCCUCAUCAUCACAGCUUUCACCGUUCAGACACACUCCCACUACUCAAAUGAAUGCAAAUCCUAGCUCACUGGGCCAGGAGCAGCCCUGCAGCUGCAGUCUGGGCACUGCUGACUGUGUGCGGUUGUGAAACUGUCGUGGGUCUUGGGACACAGGGUAUAAAUGUACCUAAAGAGCUGUAUUAAACUAGAAACAACUAGACAAACCCACAGAUAUUAACAUGCAAACAUGAGUAACCUGCUGAAGCUCUAAGCACCAGAUACAAAAAAAAAAAAACAACACCCCCGGUUCAGGGACCUCCUGGCACCCCUUGAACGCCAGCGUGCGCCCCAACCGCCAUAACGGUCGCCUUUCACAGAGCGUUCGCCUGCUUGCCCGGCCCCGCGGGCACCACCCUUCCCGAGCGAGGCGGUCCCUUUAAACGGCGCGCACGCUGCGGCGCUACCAUUGGCCCGAGUGGCUCAACAACAACAGCGCGCGCCAAACUAAAGAGGGCGAUUGGCCACGCCUUCUCCUCCUCGUCCCACCCACUCUCUCGCUGCGGGCCAAUCAGCGAGGGAGCGGAGUGCGGCGCGGCGGGGCGGACCCGCAGCCUGAGAGCCCACUCAGUUUCGAAUCCUGCCGGUGGGCCGGGCGCCGGCCCAAUGGGGCUAUAGAGGAGAGGCCGAGUCCCGUCUGGGCCGCGCCUUCAAGGGGCGGGCCGUCCAGUUUCUCGCAGUGCCAUUGGCUGGUGCGAGUUGCCGUCCCUGACACCAGAGCAAGGUUCGGGGAUUGGCUACGCCCAGGCGCGAAACGUAACGCGGGAAAAUCCCGGGCUCAGUGCGGGUGUGGAGGGUCGCGGCGUUGGAGACAGCGCGGCUGAGACGGAGCUGAGACUGGGGUCGGCGCCGCUUCGGAAAGGUGCGGGGGUGCCGUGGCUUUCGCGAUGGCUGGGGGCCGCCGCUGACUGCGCGGGUCCGCUCGGGGGUGGCCGCGGAAAGGGAGAAGGUGCCGAGAGUUGGCGAUGAGCGACUGAGGCGCUGCCGGGCGCUGCCGAGCAGGGAACUCCGUGUCUCUCCAUCCGUCCCCGCGGCGCGGGCGAGCAGUGCUCCCGCGCCCUCGGUCCCUUUCCCGCAGCAGUCAGCGCGGCCAUGUCGGAGCGGCCGCUGGGCCCUCCAGUGGUCCUUUGCCAGGACUCGCCCAAGCGCGUCCUGGUGUCCGUGAUCAAGACCACUCCAAUCAAGCCGUCCCCGCGGCGGGACGGCGAGGAGCCACCGUCCGCUCCGCCCGUUCCCACUAGCCCCGGCUUCAGCGACUUCAUGGUAUACCCGUGGCGCUGGGGCGAGAAUGCGCACAACGUCACCCUCAGCCCCGGCGGGCCCGCCGCCGCCGCCCCCGUCCCCUCGUCCGCCCAGCAGCCCUGCGGCGCGGCGGCAGGGGAUCCCACCCGGGACGAUGAGGAGUCCGGCAGCCCGAGCGGCGGUGGACGGCACCAGCACCUGAAGGAUGGCUUACGGCGUGGCCGGCCAAGAGCGGACACAGUCCGUGAGUUGAUAAAUGAAGGAGAGCACUCCUCUAGCAGGAUCCGUUGUAAUAUCUGCAACAGGGUGUUUCCAAGAGAGAAGUCGCUGCAGGCACACAAACGCACACACACUGGUGAAAGACCUUAUUUGUGUGACUAUCCAGAUUGCGGGAAAGCUUUUGUUCAGAGUGGGCAGCUCAAAACUCACCAGCGUCUCCACACAGGGGAGAAACCUUUUGUCUGCUCAGAGAAUGGCUGUUUGAGCCGAUUCACACAUGCAAACCGCCACUGCCCCAAACAUCCAUAUGCCCGGCUGAGGAGGGAAGAGCUCACUGACAGACUGACUAAAAAACAGACGGCUGAUAACAAAGCUGUGGCUGAGUGGCUAGCAAAGUACUGGGAGACUAGAGAACAGCGUUCUCCUGCUUUGAAAAGUAAAACAGUCGAGAAGACUGAUCAGGAACAGCAGGACCCAAUGGAAUAUCUUCAGUCUGAUGAAGAAGAUGAUGAAGAGAAAAAUAGUGCUCACUCAGCUGCUCGCCGCCGCCUCCAGGAACAGCGCGAACGAAUGCAUGGUGCUUUGGCUCUAAUUGAGCUUGCAAACCUAGCUGUGGCACCCACACGACAGUAGAUACAUAUGGAAUUUGCCUAUACAAAAUAUAUUUCCUGGUGGCACUUAACCAGUUAGAUCCUGGACAUAAGCUAAGCACCUUAUUUGCUUGUUAUAGGCUGCUAUUCUGUAGAAUUUAUGAAGAAUGUUGUUGCUCCAUAACAUGGGGUAGGAGAAUUGCACUUUUUGUAAGGUUAAAGAUAGUUGUAAAGUUUCUAAGUAUUUUUGUAAAUAGGGGACUGCAUAAUGCAGGGUUAACAAAGUUCAUGUGGGAAGCUAGAUUUUUGCAAGGUUAACUCAUUUGAAGCAGUUUUCACAGGAAGCACUUUUUGAACAGCGUUUAUGAUUAGCAGGAUGGUAUGGUACAUGUGGCCAAAGAAGGCUGACAAAAAGAAAAGUAUUUAUCUGAACUAUUUAAGCAAAUUUAUAUUAAGUGAUAGGUCUGAAGAUACUGUAAGCACCAAUGAAAAAUAUUUUUCUAAUGUCAGUGCGUUUUUUUUAUCUUGUGUCACUGAGGUAGAAGGCAAAGCUUAGUUAUGGUGACUUGUAGAGGGGAAGAAACUGCUUCAUGCAGAUAAACCGUAGUCACAGUCUUCGCUGUGACUGCUCAAAGUAUGAGGCUUGACUUUGUUAUUUUACAUUUUCUGAUUUGAUCUCAGCAGAAUCUCUUAGUAGCACUUGUUAUUCCUGACCCACGAUGUUAGGAGCUUUUGCACAUUGUUGGUUUUAUCUGAAAAUGAUUAGUCUUGCAAAUUCUAGACAAAGGUAAAAAAUUGGUGAUAUUUUUUCAGAUGUCUUUGGACCCUGUAAUGAUUUGGCACUUGUUUUUGUUAAUAAGGGGUAUCUACAGGGUGUUGUGGUUGUAGUAAACUAUUUUAGAUCUCUUAUUAGCAAACACUAAGUUUUAAAGUCUUGCUUUUACAUGUUUAUUAGCACAUAGAACCCCUGUACUUUUGUGCAUAAAGCCACCUUAAUGCUUUACUUAAAGAUAACAUGCCAAUUUUGUGUUCACUAACUUUAGCACAGCUAUCAGUUUCUGCAACAUUGCAGAAAAAUAUUCACUAUACAACUAGAAAAUAGGCUUCCAAAGAUAGUUACAAGUGUGUUAACAGUGUGAUUUCAUAUAUUUCCCAAAUAAAUGAAGUUACAGAACGCUGCUUGGUAAACUCAAACGCUGAUAUAAAAUGUUUAGUGAAAUAUUUUGUUACUUGUUGAAUGUUGUAUACUUGGGAAUACCAUUGUGUCAUGGUAUUUUUUCUGUAUUUUGCUUGGAAGACAACCGGAGAAUCAUGAUAUGCUAACAGUUGUUUUGAAAGUGAACUUGUUUUUUCUUUUUUGCAGUUGAGCUACUGCUUUAGGGGAUAUUAAACAUUUAUUGUCCUGCUUGCUCUUAAUUCUCCCUUCCCUCUGAAGGUCAGAAAAUUCAGAUGAGAAGGGAAGCCACUUUCCCUCUUGUUUAAAUGAGAGGAAAAAUUUACCAAGCACUAGAAACAAACUGACUAGAUGCCUACUGAUUUUUCCAGAACAGUAGUUUCUUUUUACAUCAGAAAACUGUGACUGUAGAAUUAUGGUCUUUGUUAAUCUUUUGUGGUAGAAAAUCCUAUUAACCUAGUUUGUUUAUCAUUAUGUUUUGAUUCACUUGACUUAAAAAGUCAUUGGAUAUUUAAAAAAAAAAGAGUGUAUGGAAUGUAAUUAGUUUUGUACUAGUUAUAUGGUUUAAUUUAUGUUUUCAAUUCCUAAACUCAGCUGUCAUCAGGCUCAUUUAAGUAUUUUGAGCUUAAAAAUAUGUAACUAUUCAUACUCAUUCCUGGUGCCUGAGCCUAUGUAAAUUGGGUAACUCAGGGUACAGAUUUUUAAUUCUUCAAAUAAUAUGAUAUUAACUGUUCAGUUUGCAAACAGCCCGAUCCCAAAUGAGCCCUCAGCGUGAAACUGUUUUUUCUGAUUUGUAACUCAGAAUUGCUUCUACUAUUUCACAGGACAUCCAAUUGUUGUGACUGCCAGCCAGCUGCAGAAUGAAGUCAAAGCUUCAAUAGAUGACUUCUUUUUUUUCCCUCCGGUCAGCUGUAGUGCUUUGGUCAACUUGAAAAGUAUUUCUUUCAGUAUAAGUAUGCUGAAUUCUACUUAGAUGCUUAGACUAAAUUCAGACAUUUUGUGUUUUGUAUUGUGACAAGUUACUGUUAAAAUAUCAAGUUAAAAAAAUUGAGAUGUGGAAGGUUGCUUUAUAUAUUAAGAAGUGAUUACACUGAAGAAAUCUUGAAGAUUACUGUUUGGCAUGAGUUAACAACAAAACAGUGAAUGUGUUGUCACUUCAGUACUUGCUUUGAAUAAAAGUUUGGUUCAAUUUUCAAGUUUAGUCAAUGUGCGUGCUGUUUUCUAUUCUCCCUUCUCUACUACCAGCCUGACAUGUCACAGAACAGAGGUGGUUAUUUCUCCUGAUUGUUGAAAUUUUACACACGUUCACCACCUGGAGCACGUCCUGAGCCCCUUCCAUCCCUACUACUUGUCCUGUCUUCCACUCCCUCACACUUGACAAAAUAUGGAGAAUUUUUGAAAAUAAAGCCCAGGUCAAUUGUGUUGAGGCAGCUCCCAGCGACUAAUUCGCUGGAAUUCGCAUGUGUUCGUAGAGAACUCUUCCUUGAGGAGAUGGCUUAAGGAAGCGGGUAUCGCGCUUUCACGAGCAGUACUUUGCUGAAGUGACGGCACGGGCGCCCUUUGUCGCACUAGGGAGCGAGGGGACCCGCCGCCCCGCGAGCUGAGCGGGCAGAGCUCGGCGCCUCAUCCGUUCCGGCCGCCCUACCCGCUUCGCGCCACCAGGGGGCGCGGUGCAGGCCUUCCUGCCGGGUCGUGUCGCGGCGGUUGCCCGUGUGUUGGCCGGGCGGCGCCUCGCCCGCCGCCGUCCCCGCCCGAGAUGAGCGGCCGGGGCGAGCCUCCUUGGCGCUACCCAGGGUGCUUUCGGCCAUUUUCUACUCCUUCUUCAUAGUGUUGGUGAACAAGGGCCUGCUCAGCGCCUACAGUGAGGGGCGACGGUGGCGCAACCACGGCCGUUGCCUCCCCUCUGCGGGUCCUGGCGGCGCGAACCCAGCGGCGCCCCCGACGGAAGCGGGCAGUAGCGGGCGGCUACCACCCCGCGUGGUGCUUCGCUGGCAAAGAACUCGAUAGUGCACUUUCGCCUACCCUGCUGACAGGGUACCGAGGCAGAGAUCUGCAGGGUGCUCACUAGCUGCUGCUCUUCAGCACCUCGCCUGAAGGUGCUCUUCAGCACCUGUGCCUUAAGGCGCUUAUGGUCCCAGAGGGCGAGAUAUCUGUAGAAGUAGGCAGAACCAUACUAGGUCUGGCUGGAUGGGGUCUUGAGGACCACAGGUCCCAGAGAUGGUCCUCGGGAAGUCCUCAGUUGCUGUGGCUAUUGACAUAGUGAUCUUGAUGCUGACAGUAGUGCAGCAGGUUCAUCACAGCUGUCAUAUUUUCCCUCCCAGAGGAAGAUGCACAUUAGUUCCUCCAUUCAGAUAGCUGCUAGGUCCUAUGGAUAAAACCUUUGCGCAUCAAAGUGGUUGUUUCCUGGUAGCCAGGUAUUUGUAAACAGCUAGCUAAUAUUUAGGAACUGAUAGUCAAGGGUUGGCAGUCACUUGUGUAAAAGGAGUUUUCCCCAGCAUGGAUCACAGCCAUGUGCCAAAUUCUAGUGUGUACAUUCAGAUGUUAAGUACACAGCACUCUAGUGAAGGUGACCUUGGUCAUAGGAUGUAGCACAUGGGCUCUGUAGAUCAGUCAGGACAGAGCUCUGUGCACCACUGAGUGUGUAUGCAUGCUGCAAGAAUGGCAGUCCCAGCUCUGUCCUUGAUGCUGACAGCCAUCUGACUCUCCUGAAAGCACCUUUCUUUACUCAGGUAGCCAGAAAAAUGAACUUCAGAGGUCUCUUAGUCAUACCAACACUGAAGACCUGCACCUUUGACUUGAUGAGAAUUUCUGU